AUCGCGGCGCUCGCAGCGCCCGCGCGCCGAGCCUGCAGCACCCCCUGCCCCGGGAGCAUCGCCCCCAGCCCCGAGCCGCAGGAUUUCCCAUUCCCAAACCUUGGCAAUAUGGAGGAGGAGAAGGCUUGGAGGAAGAGGAAGAUGCCCCGGGACACCCAGGCAGAGAAGGAGCUGAGGAUGGAGACCAGGGAGGAAAAAUCCCCACAGCAGAACCUCAUGGAAGAGGCCGCUUUGAGUGACUCCACAGUGCAGGAACCCAAUGGGGAGGAAAAGCCCCGGCAAUCCCGCACAAGGAGGGGCUGCAAACCCAGCCCAGGGUGCUCUGAGGAGGAAAGACCCACCCUGAACCAGGAAGGUGGACAGAGCUUCAGCCAGAGCUCAGAGCUGGUGGCCCAUGAGCAGCUUCAUGCCAGCGAGAGGCCCUAUGAGUGCUUGGAGUGUGGGAAGAGCUUCAGGAAGAGAUUCAACCUGAUCUGCCACCAGAGGAUCCACACUGGGGAACGGCCGUACGAGUGCUUGGAAUGUGGGAUGAACUUCAGCCACAGGUCUGACCUGGUUGUCCACCAGAGGUUCCACACUGGGGAGAGGCCCUACGAGUGUCCCAAGUGUCAGAAGAGGUUUCACACCAGCACCCACCUCCUUGUACAUGAGCGCAUUCACACCGAGGAGAGGCCCUUCUGCUGCCCCGACUGCGGGAUGGGCUUCAGGCACAACUCCACCCUCAUCACCCACCGGCGCAUCCACACUGGGGAGAGGCCCUACGAGUGUCGCCAGUGUGGGAAGAGCUUCUCAGACUGCUCAUUCUUUACUCAACACCAACGGAGGCACCGGUAA